AUGGUUAACCGAAUCCGUGCCGUAGUCAUCAUCAUCAAAAUAGUUUGCAUAUUAAGCAUAAGCUCUUUCGCCAAUAGUCAAAAAAUAAGAUCACGAAAAGCGAAACAAACCGACCUGGAAAGCAAUUCCUAUGUUCAAAAGUCGGUGGAAAUCGAACCUUGCUCGUGUGCCAUCUUUUUAACCGGACAAUUCAACAAGCACAACCGAACGGAACCGCCGCGAGGAAAUCCGGCAAUUCAGUUGGAACUGAUGCAAAAUUUUCCUUGUAAUGCAGCGGGAAAUAAACUGUGCUCAAACCGGUGUCUGGAUGCCAUUCUCAAGCACUUACCGAACUCUCCGGCACUGAUAUGCGGUACCAUCGAUCGGGAUUGCUUCCGCGAGCGAGCCUACUUGUUUUAUCAGAAUUGCUCUCCGCGUUGGAUCAACACCAAUUUUUCGGCAGGACGGGAAUUUUGCUGCCAAAACGACCGACCCAUUCGAUGCACAAAAAUGGCAGCAUUGAUUCGAAGGACGUUACUAACCAAUAAUGCAACGACCACAACGAGCGGCACAAAACUUGAUGCGUCGUCGGAAUAA